UAAGCGGAAUCACUACCGCAUAUAUUUUAUGGCAUCGUUUUAAUAAUUUUAAAUGUUUUUGUUGUGGGACCAUAUGUGCCGUGGAAAAUGUAUUCGUCUGUGAUCGAAAUUGUGAAAUUAAUCGCGAUAGUUUCUUGUCCAAUGUGAAACGUUUUAAGAUUUAUUCCUUGUAAAAUAUAUUUAAUAGUGUUACAAAAUUACGUUAGGGGGCGGUUUCGUGAUGCCAGUUCGGAAGCAAGAAGCCCACCGAGCAUUAGAAUUGCUUGAAGACUACCACAGCAAACUCAUAAAACCACAAGACCGACAGUUGCGGCUCGCGAUCGAGAGAGUAAUCAGGAUAUUCAAAUCACGUCUUUUCCAAGCACUUCUAGAUAUACAGGAGUUCUACGAACUCACUCUCCUUGAUGACACCAAGUCGAUACAGCAAAAGACUGCGGAAACAAUUCGAAUAGCCAAUAAAUGGGAAGCUGAUGGUGUUCGCCGUGAAAUUCCAAAUGAAGAAAGCGAUUACCGAUCGGUAUCGAAUGCCUUUCUCCUGGACAAUAGGAAACCCGAUCAUCGCAAUGCCGACACCCCAGACUCUACAAAGAUCGGUCCUGCGACGGUUAUAUCAUCCAUUGCAGACGCGGAUGAGAAAAAGGCUCAUGUUACAACACCAGAAAUGAAGCAGUUACAGGUAAAUGGUAUCGAAGGUGGUGCAGUGAUGGGUGAUGAUGGCUAUCAGUACUUAACUGUAGUGCUUUCCCGAGCGGGUGGUGCUGGCCUUGGGUUCAGUAUUGCUGGUGGCUCAGACAAUCCCCACGUAGCUGAAGAUCCACAUAUUUACGUCACUAAGCUCAUUCCUGGUGGAGCCGCUGCAGCUAGCCAAUUACAAAUUAAUGAUGCUAUAUUACAAGUUAACGACACAAAUGUGGAGAAUGUGACGCAUGCAGAAGCAGUAGACGCGUUAAAAAAGGCUGGCAGCACGGUGCGACUGAAAGUAAAACGUCGAGGGACGGAGGACCUUUUGAGCGUGUCACAAAUAUCUAAUAAAGAGGAGGCAGUGGAAAUUGAAUUGGUUAAGGGUGGUGCUGGAUUGGGAUUCAGCAUAGCGGGUGGUCUUGGCAACCAACACAUACCUGGAGACAAUGGGAUAUAUGUCACUAAAAUAAUGGCUGGUGGAGCGGCGCAUAGAGACGGCAGAUUGAGGGUCGGCGAUAAACUGUUAAUGGUCAAGAAUACAUCUAAAGGCGACGUGAACCUCGACAACGUGACGCACGAAGACGCAGUUGCUGCGUUGAAAGCGUCUGGAGAGAGAGUACUGCUGGUGUUAGUUCCUGGACCAAGGCACGGUCAACCAUCGCCAAGAACGUCUAGGGCGAAUACUCCGUGUCCCACAUCGAGCACGAGCAACUCGCUGCGGCGCGAGGACGCGACGGACGGGCCCGCGGAGGAGCCCCGCGUGGUGGAGCUCGAGAAGGGGCCCCAGGGGCUCGGCUUCAACAUCGUCGGCGGGGAGGACGGCCACGGGAUAUACGUGUCGUUCCUCCUCGCGGGGGGCCCCGCGGAGCGCUCGGGGCAACUGAGGAGGGGCGAUCGCUUGCUAGCGGUUAACGAUACGGAUAUAACGCAUGCGACGCACGAACAGGCGGCUAAGGCGCUGAAGAGUACGGGACAAAAUGUAAAGUUAACUGUAGUGUACAGGCCACAGGAAUACAACAAAUUCGAAGCUCGUAUUAAUGAAUUAAAACAACACCACACGCUGUUGCGAACGUCACAAAAACGAUCGCUCUAUGUAAGAGCGCUAUUUGACUAUGAUCCCAUACGAGAUGACGGGCUUCCCUCAAGAGGCUUGCCGUUCCGAUAUGGUGACAUUCUGCAUGUCACCAACGCGUCGGACGACGAGUGGUGGCAAGCCAGCAGGCGGCUAGACAGCACAGAUCCGGAAGCAAUCGGCAUAAUACCUUCGAAACGACGCUGGGAACGCAAGCAGAGGGCAAGAGAUCGACAAGUCAAGUUCCAGGGACAAGGGACGCCUGUGUCUACGAGUCAAUCCACGCUCGAAAGGAAAAAGAAAACGCUAUCGUUCAGCAGAAAGUUCCCCUUCAUGAAGAGUCGGGAGGACGGCAAGUCUGAAGAUGGCUCGGACCAAGAGCCUUUCAUGCUUUGUUACACGCAAGAGGACGCGAACGCGGACGGAGAAAUCUUGUACCGAGUGGAACUUCCCAUGAUGGAGGAGAUAACGCUCAUAUAUCUCGAGGACGAGAGCCAAGAUGAGAAUGUGUUGUCAUACGAGACGGUACAACAGUUAACCAUCACGUACACGAGACCGGUGAUAAUUCUCGGCCCGUUGAAGGAUAGAAUCAACGACGACCUCAUAUCGGAGUUCCCGGACAAGUUUGGAAGCUGUGUGCCUCACACGACACGACCGCGACGCGACUACGAGGUGGACGGGCGCGACUACCACUUCGUCGCGAGCCGCGAGCAAAUGGAGAGGGAUAUACAGAACCACCUGUUUAUUGAGGCGGGGCAGUACAAUGAAAACCUGUACGGGACGUCCGUAGCUUCGGUUAGAGAGGUUGCUGAGAAGGGUAAACACUGCAUUUUAGAUGUAAGCGGAAAUGCCAUAAAAAGGUUACAAGUGGCGCAACUUUACCCGAUUGCCAUAUUUAUUAAACCAAAGAGCGUAGAAUCUAUAAUGGAAAUGACAAAACGAAUGACUGAAGAUCAAGCGAAAAAGACGUACGAACGCGCUUUGAAAAUGGAGCAAGAGUUUGCUGAAUAUUUUACUGCUGUGGUGACGGGAGACACACCAGAAGAGAUAUACGCGAAGGUGAAGGCGGUGAUAGCAGCGGAGAGCGGGCCCACCGUGUGGGUGCCGCGCCGCGACCCGCUGUAGACGCAGCUGCCAUACGCGUCCGCACGCCGCGACGUGCGCUGACAGACUGACGGUUGCGCAAACAUGGCACUAGGUGGCGCUGAUGUCAAACAUUGUACUGCACGCGUACAUGUGUGAGUGCGUGCAUAGGUACAAUCGUGAAUGUUACGUGUUUGUUCAUUGUGAUGACUUUUUGUGUUGUAAUGAUUACUUGACGCGCCAGAAUAUAAUUUCGUUUUUUUUUACAAUAUUUCUAUUUUUAAGUUUGAUUGUGCUGGAGUGUUAUUCCACUUUUUGCCUGCGUGGUAAAGUGUAGCACUGAUACUAAACUUUCAUGAUUGUAUUUUAUGUAACACUAGGGAAAUUUUAGACAAAUUUUUUCUUAUUUAUUAUUUAUUGUAUCAAUAAUGUUAAGUGUUUAACAUUCAUUGAGAUGGCAUUAUAAAUUAUAGCUUUGUUCCCUAAAAAUGAUAAAUUGUUUGAAAUAGAUUGCGUCACCUAGAUGUCACGUAUUUGUCUCAAAACUUAUUUACGUAGUUUUCGAAUUUGUUAAAAUUUCCUAAAUAAGUAGAGAGAAGGCAAAAUAAAUUAUUAAGAGUAUUAAAAAGUCUAUCAGCGCAUUGCGUCGUGUGGACUACUAAAGAAUGAAACCGCACUUAAUAUACGAGUACCUGAACACGACCGACAACCAUUUUAAUUACUACUUUAACAAAUGCUAUUUACUACGCAUUAUUUUUCAUAACCACAUGAAAUGUGCAAGGUCGAUACAAAGUGCGAUGUCUGUUCCUUAGUAAAUAAACAACUUAGCAAGAAUACAAGGACACAUUGAAUCUAAUCUAUUUGUAAAAGUUCUAAAGGCUUUGUUGAAGAAGCUGCACUUUAUCGUCGUUUUUAGUAAAGUAGGCUUAUCCUAGUUCGAUUUAGGCUGAUUCACCCUGCCCUUGUAUUCCUCAAAGAACGGUUGAUGAAAUGUGCCUCCAGUUAUCUUAAGCCCUACCUAUUUCCAGCGGUAAUGUGAUCGAAAUGAGCAAUAAUGUUCAUAGAAUCUCCGUGUUCCCCUUACAAUGUUACGUAGUGAACGACAGACCCUUAAGAGUGGUGACAAACGAAGCAAUACAGAGCGGGCUUCACGGCUCACAUGAUGUUAAAGCAAUACUGUUGCGGCGAUUAGAUAGUCGUGUAACUUAAAGACUAUUCAUUUUUACAACACAUUUUAUAACUAUCACUCGCCACUCCUGUUAUAUUUAGCUUAAGUUGACAUUGAAUUAUAUACGAAUAAGAUUUUAUGUAACAUUUUACUCAAAUGUGAAUUGAAUGAUUACAAUUUUACUAUUAUUCAACGCUUUCACCGCAGAAUACUUACGCUUUCGUUCAUUGUGCGUUUAUAAUCUAGCUGUCGUAUAAUGGUUGCUUUAUAUAAAAUAAAUAUAUUUAUUGACAAACUCGGGUAUUAAGCUUCAACUCAACUAUGUAAAAUAAAAUUGUAUAUUGUAGAAAAAUAAAAGGUAUUAUUCAUGUUGAUUUGUUAUCGGAUUGCUAGAGUAAAAUGUGAAUUUCUU